GCAAGUACUAACGAUGCGAUGCCUGAACUCGAGACCGAUUCUGCGAUCCCCGCGCAACUUUCCUUCCUUGCCAUCUACAACCCAACCCUCGGCCCCACCGACGAGACACUAGAGGACCAGAUCGUGUUCUACACUUCGAGAGCGGACCACCUCAAUCGUGCCGAGGAUUCGGGUGCUGGGGAUGAUGAUAACAAGCGGUCCGGUGAUGACAAAAACGAGAGGCUGCGCCAGAUCGGCUUGGCGCAGGGAAUGGUGAACUUCGCGAGUAAUUUCUCGUCGGGUAAAACCCUGGAAUAUGUCGAGACCGAUAAGGCACGCGUUAUGGUGCUUGAACUAGAAAAGGACUGGUGGAUUGUCGCUUCUGUCGAUCUUACUCGAUUACCUGCCGACGUCCAGACAUCUUCAAGCAACAAUACCGGGACUUCUUCAUUUCAAUAUUCAGCAAGGGAAAUGGGCCCCCCGCAUCUGUUCAUCCAGCAGCUACGUCGUGCGCAUUCGACAUUCCUUCUCCUCCACGACUUCUCCUUGAGCGCACUAUAUAGCCGCGUUGGCAGGUCCUCGUUCUGUCUAUUCAUAGAGCGAUUUUGGGAGAAAUUUGCGUGGAAUUGGGAAAUACUCUUGUCAGGAAACCCUAUCGUCGAGAUUUAUAACGGAAUCAAACUUGCAGCAGGUGGGGAACUGGGAAUUGGCGUAGGAGAGGAGGAGUGGGGGAGUGGUGAACGGGAAGUUCUCGAAGACUUUGUUCACAGGACAGAUGGGCUGGUGGAUUUACUUGUCUCGAGGUUUGGCGACCUGCCGAGACAAGCUGGAGACUCGCCGCCAGCCAUCCAAAGCAAUGGCGACAGCGCGUGGCUAGGCUCUGAUACUGAUCCUCGGCCUACCGAUGGCAUUGUCUUCGCAGGCGUCGGCGCUAUCUCAAGGCAGUCCUUGGCACACUUAUCUCACUGGAUAGAAACGGUCUACCGGUAUGGCGAUGCAGCAUAUGGAAUCAAGCGCGAUCCAUGUUCACUACGUCGAAGGAAACCACGGAAGCAACGAGAGCAUUUUGCUGAAGCCAGCACUGCAUCCGUACCCCAAGGCGAAGCUCAACCUUCCUCGCCGGAGCGCAGUCAUACGCCCGGAAUACCUCGUCCACUUGUGAUGGCUGCGCCGGCGCCACGAUCUAUUCCGGAAGAUCAGAAGGGGGCUAUAUUAGAAACAGAGAUCGACAGUUCACUAGAUGGGGGCGAUCAAGAAGGGGAUAAGCCAACCUUUGGAACUGACACGGUCAUGAAAUACUUGACUCUUGGAUACGGUUCCUCCUGGAGUUUCUCCAAGUCCGCGACCCCAUCUUCCUUGGCUUCGCCUCCCAGUGAACCCGGAGAAGCAGUCACCAAUGUGGAGCAGAACACGCAUGCUUCUAAUACUGCAUUACUUCCAAUUGCGAAUGGUUUACAGUCCAGAGAUCAUCCUAACGAGACAAAAAACAGCACCUCUGGUCACUUCGUGCUUGGGCCUCGUGACGAUCUGGACACUCUAGACGACUUGGACGAAGAAACUCCAGGGCCUCAGUUAGAAACCGGCAAGCAAAAGAGCCGUAUAGUUCAUCGGUCUCUCCAUAUACGUCUGGCGGGCUUUCCUGACGAGAAUAUGAAGAAGCUUGAAGCAGUCAUCUAUGUGCAUCAACCUUUCAUGUUCACCUUCCUUUUCGACCCGGAGACUCCGGGCUUAUCCUCCCCAUCACUAUACUCAAGCAUUCAUCACCAACUAGGCCCCCUCCAAAAACCUCUUGUGGCAUCCACCUCUCCCCAAACUGCCGCUUCACGCAUCUCCAUGCACGAGACCGCCACAGAUCCAAGCAAGCGUUUCUCCACUCGGUCUCAACCUGUCUACGACCUCGUUUAUGAUCCAUCAAACCUAACCAUUCGAUCCUCUAUCCCCAACAUCCCCAGCCUAAGCAGCCCCUCUCAUCCUCAGGGCCCAUCCCACACUCCACGCACGCCUUCUCCUUCACCCUCCCGACCACCGAGUACAACGCAAUGGUCGCGUGUCGAAAGCCUGGUCAUCCACCAUCGCCUCUUGAGCACAUACAUUGACACCCGCUCACGCCCGCAAGAACUCGAACGCACAUGCAAAACCAGCCGCGGAUGGUGGAUCGUCUGGGUUCGCCUCCCUCAGACCAAUCCCUCAACUCUCCCACCAGCACUCUCAUCCGCCUCCUCAUCUACAGCCCUCUCCUCCCUGGAUGUGGAGUCCACCCACCAUCCUUCCUCAGAUCCCACCCCAGAGCCCCAGGAAGCCUUUCUCGUCCGCAAAGCAAGUGACUAUAUUUCCCCCUCUGGUCAUGGCCGGAUGAGCAGCGGCGCCCGCUUCUUCCGCGACCUCGGCGGAGCCUCAUCCAAGCCUCGGGCUCAGGAUAUCACUCCGUCGAAACUAGCAGAGGGCCUUGGGAUAGACGCACGACGGUAUAUCGAGGGGCUACUAAGCUUGAACCGGUGA